GGCCCUCCCACAGUUCUAGUCAUUCUAAAUCUUGCCUGUCUGCUUGAACUGGCCUUAGUAGCUCCAAUUCUAGCUAGUUCAUUCAUAUAUACUGUCUUUCUCAAUGGCUCUUGCCAAGGACCGAAUGCUACAUGAUUCAUGCAUGGGCUCAGUUCAUCAAUUAGUCCCAGACCUUUCCUCACCGGGACCUAAUUAUGCAGUUGAUGAUGAUGAAUGCAACAAGGUGGCUCUUCAAGAAGUAGCCGGGUUGGAGAGUACUGGGUUUGUCAAGAAUGUUGGCAUGAAUUCUAAUGCGUUUGUGUUUAGGCCAACAAAUUAUCAACCAGCUCAUGAAGAAGCUCACUCCUUGAUAAACUUCAAAAACGGGUAUGGUAGUGGUAAUUUUAUGCAUAGUACUUGUGAAUCUUUGCUUAGCUUCGAGCAAACUGAACGUUCUUCUCAGAACAGUUUCUUGAAAACUAAUAAUCACAAAGAAGAGUACUCAAUGUGGGAGGGUAAUUUCAGUGACCAGAGUUACCAACGGACUGAAAUUAGCUCGAAAUGCAGCAGUGAGCCUCGCCUAUUGGUAGAGUUCAAUUGUUUUCAGACAGCUAGCAAUUACAGCUCCAUCACUAGUACCACUACAAAAGAAAACCAGCAUGAGGAUGGUGCAUAUGGAUGGUUAUACUCAGAAGAACCUGUGGACACUGAUAGCAUCCAAGAGUCUGGAACACAUGAAACAAGCUUCCACAAGCGGCUCCAUAUGGGAGAGAGCACACAAGCUUCAAAGAAGCAAUUCGCCAAUGCAAAUAAGAAGCCAAAGCCAAAGUCAAGUUCGUCAAAAGACCCGCAAAGUAUUGCUGCCAAGAAUCGAAGAGAGAGGAUUAGCGAGCGGCUUAAAGUACUACAAGAACUUGUACCUAAUGGUUCCAAGGUUGAUCUUGUUACCAUGUUAGAAAAAGCCAUUAGUUAUGUCAAGUUUCUUCAACUUCAAGUAAAGGUGUUGGCAACAGAUGAAUUUUGGCCGGUUCAAGGUGGAAAAGCUCCUGAUAUUUCUCAAGUAAAGGAUGCAAUUGAUGCUAUUCUCUGCUCUCAGAGAGACACAGACUCAAGCUCAAAGUAAUGGAGUUAAAACUGCAAAAGAAGAAGAAGAAGAAGAAGAAGAAGAAGAAGAAUACAAUAAUAUAAUCUAAGGGCAACUUGAGAGGCAAAGAAAAAGCUUUGUUUUAACAUUUAGCAUGCUCCAGUACAAAAAAAGAAAAGAAAAGAAAAAGAUUAACUAAUAGAUUACAUUUCGUUUUCUUCUAUAUCUGAAGCUCUUGUAAUCUAAUUAUGCAUUUCUAUAUGCAAUGAGAGCCGAGACUGCAACCUAGUCCAAUUCACAGAGAAUCUAUGUAUUUUGUUUUUACUCUAUAAUUUAGAGUAUGCA